ACGUCCAUGAUGGCCCACAUUAUUGGCAGCAUACUGUGCUGCUGCUCAAGGAGAAGCUUGAUUGAUGAGGAACGGGGCGAGCACACAACUCUCUUACCAUCGAACGAGGAUGGCCCGUCAACAUCGACCUAUGAUUCCACAACAAUUGAUCAUCAAAAGGCGAAGGAACGACUGCACGUUAUUGUGAAAGCUAAGGAAGGCAAGAUGGUUCGUGUCCUUGCUCGGGGUCCUUUCAAUCUCCGCAACGAUCCCGAGAACGGCCUUCCGAACGCCUCUUCCUCACGCUCAUACCGAAGUCCCUCGACGAAUGUCAGUCAAGCGAACACGAGUGGUCUCGACCCGUAUGGCGGUGAUAAUGAUAGCCGACAAUCUUCAUCAAAAUAUGUACCUUCUCCGUCCGUAAGCCGGUCUGAAUCUGCCUCGUCCGUACAACAGGCGUCUAUCUCGCGAGUCUCCACGGAUGAGUUCUCGGAACAAAACUUAGAGCACAGGCUAAAAGUACAACUCGUUUCGACUGCGAAGGGUAAUCAGCGCAUAUAUAGUCGCAGAGGAAGGAGCAAAACGAAACACGGGCGGUUUGAAGAUGACGCUGAGGGAGCAAGCAACAUGCCGACCUUAGAGGGUAUACAGAGUGUCGACAGUGGACGAGGGGACUUCUAUACUUCAGAGCAUCUAUUGCACCCUAAAUCAGACGAGGAGAAUGCUGUCGCAUCUGGGUCAAAUAAUGCGAAACGUCCACAGGUCGCGCCAUUGUCGAACGAGGAGAAUGCGGAGAUUAAGGCAAUUUCAAAACAACUAUCGCCUUGGCUAAAGGACGAAUUUGAGGAUGUUGGCACGCUUACGCGAAGCUGGGGUGACUAGCAUGUUGUUUGUGUUACUUCACGACUAUCGCGGAUGUUUAUUCGUUUAUUCAUUAUUUGGGAUGCUCAUAUGCACUACACAAAGUACUCAAGAAAACCACUUGACA